CGUCUUCUUCCUUCCCUGAGGUUUCAAAUUUUAGCUGUGGAAGUGGUUGCCAAAGAGGAGUUAAGGCUGUUACUGUGAAGCCUGUGCCUUCGGAGGGGAAAGAACCAGUUCCUUUGUACAGUCCCUGCUUGCUUGCUUACCGCAGAAUCUAAAUGUAAGAAAUUCUGAUUCAGUUCAGAGAGUUUGAGCCACUUUAAUCUGUGAUGUGAACUUCAGCUGGGCCUCUGUGAAGCAGAAGCUGCCUGCAAACCCGGAAAGUGGAUAUGUACAGUGGGUUAUGGGAUGGAUGGAGCAGAGCAGGAUCAGCAUGAAGCUCAUCUCAAGGAAGUGUUUAACAGUUUUGAUGCCACUGGUUCUGGGUCUCUUGGCCAAGAGGAGCUAAUAAAACUCUGCCAGCUGCUGAACAUAGAAGAAGUGAUUCCAGCUCUCCAGCAAAUAUUAUUUCAGGACAACCUCCUAGGCAAGGUGUAUUUUGACCAGUUUAAGGAAGCACUAAUAGUUAUUUUAUCCAGAACUCUCUCCUUUGAAGAACACUUUGAAGAACCAGUCUGCUUACCACAAGCUCAGCCCAAAUAUAUCAAAGAUGGGAAAUGCUAUGGCCGAAGAUCUUUGCCUGAGUUUCAAGAACCUUUGGGGGCGUUUGCUGAAGUGAGAGUACUUGAAUCACUGAAUGAAGAAGCUCAAUCUUCACUCACUACUGCCAGUGACUGCAAUGAGUACCACAAGACUCACCAUGGUGAGGAAUAUGAAGCUGAAGGUCAGUUAAGGUUUUGGAAUCCUGAUGACUUAAAUGCCUCACAGAGAGGAUCUUCUCCCAUUCAAGCUUGGAUUGAUAACAAACUAAAUGAAGUUUGUAAAGAUCUGGGGUUAUCUCAAGAUGCCCACUUGAAUAAAAAGAAACUGAUCUCCAUCUGUGAACAAUAUGACUUGAAAAAUGUCAACAAGAAGAUGUUUGAAGAUGUCUUCCACGAUCUUGAGCCUGAUGGUACAAUGAGUGUGAAAGAUUUUUUCUAUGGUUUGUUUAAAAAUGGAACAUUCCUUACCACGUCAGCUUCAACUCCUUAUAGACAGCUGAAAAGGCAUCUCUCAAUGCAGUCCUUUGAUGAAAGUGGGAGACGCAGCAUGACUUCUUCAGCAAUUACAAGUUCAAUUUCCUUCCGAUUAUUUUCCUGUCUUGAUGAUGGAAUGGGAUAUGGUUCUCUGGAGCAAAUACUUGAUACAUGGAAUGAAGAGGGGAUUGAGAAUGGCCAGGAGAUCUUAAAGGCCUUAGAUUUCAGCCUUGAUGGAAGCAUCAACUUAAUGGAAUUGACGCUGGCACUAGAAAAUGAACUUUUAAUCACCAAAAAUGACAUGCAUCAGGCAGCCCUGGCCAGCUUCAAGACUGAGAUUAGGCACUUAUUGGAGCAAAUUGACCAAGUAGCCAGAGAAAAAGAGAAGUUGCAGUCAGAUCUUGAAAAAGCUGAGAAAUUAAAGUCUCUGAUGGCCUCUGAAGUGGAUGACCACCAUGCUGCUAUAGAACACCAAUAUGAAUACAACCUUAGAAAAUUAGAGGAUGUAUACAAGGAAAGGAUAGCAUCCUUCAAGAGUGACAUCCAAAAAGAGAAAGAGCAGAUCCUGCAGCAAAUAGGGAAGCAGCAUUUGGAAUUGGAACAGGAAAUUGAAAAGGUGAAAACUGAAGAGAACUGCAUUCGUGACCGUCUUGCCCUCUCUUUAAAGGAAAACAGUCGUUUAGAAAGCGAACUACUGGAAAAUGCUGAAAAGCUUGCAGAGUAUGAGAGUCUGGUAACCAAGCUGCAGAAGAAUUUGGUCAAUGUACUAUCAGAAAAGUUUGGUGACUUAGAUCCCAAUAGUGCUGAGUACUUUUUGCAAGAAGAGAGCCUAACCAAGAUGAAAACUGAAUAUGAACAGCAGUGUAGAAUGUUACAGGACCAAGUGGAUGAACUCCAGUCUGAAUUGGAAAAAUAUCGUGCUCACGGCAAAAUUUUGAAACUUCCUUUCAAGAACUUUAAUUCUGAAGAGUUUGAUGUUAGACGUCACAGUAUAGACCUUGACCAAGGGUUUAGUUCUGAAAAUUGUAAUCCAUUGAAUAUGAGCAUAGAAGCAGAGCUGAUUAUUGAACAAUUGAAAGAACAACAUCAUAGCGACAUGAAACGUUUAACACUGGAACUUACAGAUAAAAUGCUCCAUUAUGAAAAACAGCUAGAUGAAACCAAAUCCAACUGUGAAAAAGAACAAGAAAAUGUUAAACAAAAGUAUAAGAAUGAGAUACAUGUCUUGGAAAAAGAAAUAAGUGGCCUUAAAAGUGAAAUUGAAGAACUACAGAAACAGACAGUUGUUCUGAAGAAAGAACAACAACAAGCAGACUAUAGAUGUAUGAAGGAAAAAAAUGAAUUACAGGUGAAGUUUAAUGAAGAAAAGGCUCAUCUUCAGGAGAAGUUGAAGUUAGAACAUGAAGUGCUUCUCAAGAAUAAGCUAGAACAGGUAAAGGAAAGCUUUAACCAAGAAAGAGAGACACUCAUUCAAAAUGGUACUUGGGCUGAAGAGAAAUUAAGAGAUUUAGUUAAGGCAAAGGAGGAAGAGAAAUAUAAACUGGAAGAAUUUUACCAGGAAAAGCUGAAAAGCCUACUGGAAAAACAUAAUCUUGAGAAAGAAGAACUGCAAAGAAUACUUCUAGAAAAACAUCAAAACAAUCUCCAAGAGGAAAGGAAUAAAAUGGAAAUUGAGUAUAAUAGAAGAAACUCUCAGAUAGAAGCCCAUUUUCUGAGUGAAUGCCAAAAAGUCAGAAGCAAACAUGAAGAAACCCUAAGUGACCUAAAAGAUGUCUACCAGCAAGAGCUGAAGGACUUGAUGGAAAAGCAAUGUGAGGAAAAAUCUAAAUGGGAAUUUGAAAAAGAUGAACUCACCCAGGAGUAUGCUGAAGCACAAGAACAACUUAAAGAAAUGCUGAAGCACAAGAAGGCAAAUUUUCUUGUUCUGACAAGAGAGCAAGUGAUGCUCGAGAAAAAAUAUAAAGAUCAUUUAAUCAGCUUAGUAGCUGAGAAACAACAGGUGCAAAAAGACCUAGAGGAACUAAGGGAUAUGCCUAAAAGCCAACAAAUCCAAUUGUCCAAAGAAAUUGAACUCAGGAACAGUCAUGAAAAAGAAUUUAAAGAAAGAGAGCAUUUCAUGUCUCAGAUAGUUGAUAAAGGGAAGCUAGACAGGCAGAAAUUUGAAGAGCAAGAGAUUAAAUGUGAAUAUGAAAAGGAAUAUAUGGAUUCCCAAUUUCUGACUGUGGAGGACUUCAACAAAAUACCUUGUGAGAAAGCAGACAGAAACAGCUUAGAAAUUUCUAGACUUCAGGAUAAGAUAAAGGAAUCGCAGCAUGGAAUUCUUUUAUUUACGAAGCCUCAGAAUAACUGCCAAGUAGCACCAAGUGAAAAUGCAGAGUUGGCUAGUGAGAUGUCACUGCUUCAGCAAGGUACACAACUUUUGGAAGAAAAUGGUGAUAUUCUUAUAAACCUGCAAAGAGCCCAUGAGAGAGCAGUAAAGGAAAAUGUCCAAAUGGCUGCUGAAAUCAUCAGAUUACAUCAAAGACUACAAAAAUUAGAUCCAAAGUCAGUAACAUUUGCUUCUUUAGAGGAAUCAGAUUUUAACUUAUUCAGAACUUCAGUGGAACAAACAAAGACACUUGCCUCUCAAAACAGACGACCACAAGUAGAAGACAUUAUUAACUAUAUUCUAAGUGAAUCGCCUAAUGACAAUGUUCAAGAAGUAGAAAGGAUACAAAUAAGCUCUCUUCAGACACUGGAAACUAAAAUACAGGAGUCUUUAGGAUCAUUAGAUCAUUUUUCUGAGUUUGAAAAUAGUGAAGUAAUAAGUACUGAGAACUGGAACCUAAAGAACAAUUUUCCUUUUCUCCAGGAAAUUUUGAAGGGCUUUCACACAGAGUGUGAUCAAGUCUCUGAAAAGAAGCAAGAUUUAAUUUUUGAUAUUUCUAUUCUAAAAAAGAAAGUAAAAGUUCUUGAGAAUAAUUCUGAGGCUAAUACUAAGUAUAAGAUGUUAUAUGAAGAUGCCAGUAGGGAAAAUUACUGUCUUCAGGAAGAACUCAAAAUGAUGGAAGCACAGUAUGAUAAAGUAAUGGAAAAUAGCAGAGAGCUCACAUUAGAAGUUUUCAAUUUACAGAGUGAGCUGAAGAAAGCUGAGACAGUAACUGAAGCAUUCCUCAUGAUUAAACAAAGUUAUGAUGAAGUUAAAAUUGAAAAUGAAGACCUAAAGACUCUAGUUUUGAGACUUGAAGAAAAGAUUGAAAAACUACAGGGGAAAGCAGUGGAACAAUGUGAGUGUUUCUUAUUAAAUGAAGUUGGUACCCCAAAACUGAAAACUGAAAAAAAAAUAUUAGAACAAAAGAAAAGGUUGUUACAGUUUGGUAAAAAAUUUAUGACUGUAAAGUCUGUUUUAAAAAAACAAAAUCAAGAAAAUGUGUCAUGUAGGGAGGAAGACACAUUGCUCCCAGUAAAAACAAUGGUAUAUGAAGAUUUCUGGCUUCAGGAAAAGAUGAAUCUUGAAGAAAAGUCAACUGAACAAAACCAACUUAAAAAACUUGAGGAAAAUCCUAUACUCUCAGACCUUCAAGGGAAAUAUCACUAUGAUGACACACGAAAAGAAGAAUUAGAAUUGGAGAAAAACAAGUUACAAGAGCUGACCAGAAAAUUAAGAGAGAAAGUAACCAAUUUAGUUAAACAGAAACAUGUAGAUUGUCAUGGGGGAAAAGAGGAGGAGCUAAAGUCAAUGAUGUAUGACUUACAAAGCACAUGCAGUGAGAUGCAGCACAAAGUUGAACUACUGAGACAGGAGUCUGAAAGGUUUCAAGAAGAAAACUCUAUUUUAAGGAAUGAAAUUACCACUUUAAAUGAAGAAGGUAGCAUUUCUUACCUAAAAUUAAGGGAAAUAAGGGGAUCUCAAGAAGAAAUAUGGAAAAAAAUAGAGACUGUAAGAAAGGAAAAAAAUACUAUAAAGAAGAUGGUUGGAAACUUUAAAAAGCAGGUAUUAGAAUUAAAAGCCAAAAAUCAGCACUUGGUUUUGGAAAAUGCAGAACUUAUCCAAAAGAACACCCAAAAUGAAGCAGACCUUCAGUAUCUUCAGCAACAUUUAGCACAAAUCCUGUGUCAGAAAGAAAAAGAGAUAGGAAAUUGUACAUUGGAAGUAUGGGAAAAAGAAAAUACAAAGCUGAAAGAGGAAUUAGACAAUUACACAGCAAAGUCAUCUGAUUUAGUGUGUUCUCUGGAGGCAGAAUUGUCUAAAAUAAAGAUUGAAAGUCAUGCUUUGGAACAGGAAAAUUUCUUCCUCAAAGAUGAACUGGAGCGAAUAAAACAAAGGAACCAUAAGCAGCUGGCAAUGGCUAUGGAGGAACGCAUGAUAGAAGUUGAGGAAAAGUUGAAACUAGUGAAAAGACUUCUUCAGGAAAAAGUGAAUCAACUAAAAGAACAAAUUUGUAAGAAUACAAAAUCUGAUGCAGUGGUGAAGGAUAUAUAUGUUGAUAAUAUUCACCUGUUAAGGUCUUCGGAGAUGACUGAACAGUGGCAGAAAACAGCAGAAAAGAAAAACUGUCUUUUAGAGGAGAAGAUUGCAAGCCUCAGUAAUAUCAUCAGGAAUCUGACACCAGCACCAGUGACUGCUGCAUUACAUGAGCCAUAAAACUUUCAGGACUAUAUUCCCUAUACUGAAUAUAUAUUCCUGUCCCUUUCCAUGCUAGAAGCAUGAUUAUUUUUGUUUUUUUUUUUUUCAUUUUCAGUUAAGCAGACAAUAAAAUUGCUGUUACUGUUAUAAUAAGAAAUAAGAAAGUCCUGAGUGCUUCUAAAAUGUGACAGGUUAAGAGGAAGCAAUCAAAACUGAAGUGUUUAAUAAAAGAUAAAAUCAGUAUCCUGCCGGAUUAAAACUCUCUUGGUUCUAAGAGACAAAUUUGGAAAUUAUCACCAGUCAUCAACUGGGAAGAAUGAUCAGUUUCUUAAAAGUAAUUUUAACCAACAUCUUGGAUCUUCUGCCAGACUUCUUUUGGACUUGAAUCACGUACCAAGGAACAAUUCAGAAUAAAGUUUGCAAAUGUAGUACAAUAUGGUCAAAAACAAAAUAAAAUCAUACUUCAAAACUAAAUUAAAUUUUGCUAACUCAAAUAAGGGUUUAAAUAAGAUAUUCUAGAAGGAAGGGUCUCAUAAUAAAGUUUAAGGUUAGCAACAGAUGUGAGUUCUCCAUUCAAAUAUUUAAAUGUUCCAUCAUUUAUGUAUGUGUAAAUAUAAAUGCAUGUGUGUACAUAUAUAACUACAUGUGUGUACAUGUGAAUGUACAUAUAUGCACAUUUUUCUAAAUGAGCCCUUUUAGUCUUUGAGAACAUGUUUUACUCUGUGAUUUAAUUAUUCCUAAACUUUGAUGUCUUGUGAAAAUGGUUAAAAAUUGUAAAAACUUGUAAAGUAUGUGUGUAUGUUUCCCCUAGUGUUCACUUUGAUGUAUUGUUAGAGCUUAUGUUUGACUGGAAAAGCUUAUUCACAGAACCCACUAAGGAUAUAAAAACCUAAUAGAGUUCUGCCUUCUAUCUAUUCUUUUACAAUAUCAUAGCUAUUGAAUUCUAUUACUUAAUUGUACUGCAAUAUUGAAUACUUUAAAAACUUUAAUUACUUUAAAUGUUUUUUUCUACCUUAUUAGAACUAUUUUUUUGAAGUUGUCUCCUAAGAAAUGGAUAAAGCCAUUUCUUUUUAUCAUUCAUACUAUGAAGAAAGCUCCAUAAUUAUCUUUGAAUUUAUUUUGGGUAAACUAUACUCUUAGCAAUGUAAUAAGCUUCCCAAAUGGCCUUUAAAAAAUCUCCUGCAGCUUUCAGUCAAUAAAUUUCUGUUUCAGAAAAACCUAAGAACUUUAACUAACGAUAUUUGAAACUUACUUUCUGAAUGACUUUAUACCUUUAUUAUAAUUUGAAAUAUAUAAAACCAUAUGACUUUAUUUAUUGAAUAUAUGUACCUAGUAGCAUUUUGGGUUUGUACUUUUAAGUGACUUUAUAAUGCUGAAAAAUCUUUUGUAGUUAAAAUGUCAACUUCCAGAUUUAAAAAAACAGACCCCAAAUGUAACAGAUUUGACAUUGAGAAUCUACUACUGGGUAUAAAACUAUUUGAUUUCUGACAACCUGGACAGAGUAGUGGUAUAUAAAGUAACAUUUGGGUAAGUACAUACAUAUACAUAAUAUUAUCUGUUAUAUAAUGUAAAAAUACAUAUAUUUUGAUGGGGAUAAAAGUUUAGUCUCAAGGCUAAAAUUAGCACAAUCUGCAAUAAUAUUAUGUGCUUGUUAAGUGCAAAGGGCUAAGUUAUUCUAAGUCAUCUAGGUAUUUUAAAAGAUAGAUUUUAAAAGUAUAUAUACCAGUAUACUUCUAUUCAUUACCCUAGAGCAAGUAGAAAAAGCAAACACUUUCUGAAGAUACAAACCUAAUGAGUCUGAACUAUAUAGAUAAAUGAAUCCAUCAAAUAUACAGAUUUUAUAUAUGUAUGCAUCUAUACAUAUAGAGAGAGAGAGACAGAGACAGAGAGACACAGAGAGAGAAACUUGAGGACCAUAAAAGAAAUAUUUAUUGUAGAAUCUUAAAGUUAAUUUAAUUAUUAAUUAAUUGAUCAUUGAAUAAUUAAAUAAUUAAUCUCUCCUUCCAUCUAAUAAAGAAAUACUUUCAGUAUUGGAUACAUAUCCAAAUUCUGUUUAAAUGCUUGCAGUGAUUAUAGUUCACUCUGAAGGCAUCCCAUUCCAUUUGUGGAUAGAUCUUUUUAUCAGAAAAUUAAAAUUUGAAGCAAUAUCUGCCUUGCUUUAAUUUUUGCCCAUUAUUGCUGUCUCUUAGAAUAACACAGAGAAAUCUAAUCCUUCUUCCACACAACAGCCUGCUAAUAUUUGACAUUUAUCUUAUCCUCAGGUCCUUUCUUCUUUCAAGCCAAAUAUAAUUUUCUUCAGAUUGUUCUCAUGGUUUCUAGAAACGUCUAUAUUAGUUUUAUUUUAGGAUGUUAUUGACCUGCAAUUAUAGUAGACCCUGACUAAGGCUAGAAAAGAGAUUGAAUUCCCAUAGUACUUACAGAAUGAUUUUCAUAUAUAUAUAUUUUUUUUUUUUGAGGGGAAAACCCUGCAAAAAGGUAAUCUCUAUUUACAGAAGAAUGAUUUAAAGAUAUUAUGCUUUUCUUUACAAAUAGAUGUAGAACAGGAAUUGUCCACUUUAAAAAAAAAAACUCUUUACAUAUUUAUCUUCAGCAUUUCCACCCUCCAAUAUUAAAAUCUUCCUGACAGGUUGUCAUUUGUUUACUGGACUUCAAAUGAGUUUCCUUCAUCAUGUGUGGCCCUGGCUCUCCUGGAAAGUCUCUUUGGGCACAAGUCAGAGUUUUUUAGACCCAAAAUUUGAAGGAGGAAAAAAUACCACCCAAACCGCAAGUCCCCUCUGCCCAGCGUCAAUCUGUGCAUAGUUCAUUCAUCACUGUCUGACAAUGUCUCAUAUUGUGAAGAGAGCAGUGGGGCAGGCUCGCGCUCCCAUAGCCUGUUGCGGGGAGGGGUGAGUGACUGCUUGGCUCACGGAGGAGGGGGCACACACCAUCGAUGUGGGCGGGGUACUGCUGAGCAUCCGCAUCGUCAAAGGGUUGAAAGGGAACUGCAUCGAAUAUGACCCUUACCUUCCACCUUAGAAUCAAUACUCUGAAUUGGUUCCAAGGCAGAAGAGCAGUAAGAGCUAGGCAAUGGGGGGUUAAGUGAUUUGCCCAGAGUCACACAGCUAGGAAGAGUCUGAUGCCAGAUUUGAACCUAGGACUUCCCAUCUCUAGGCCUGACUCAAUCUACUGAGCCACUCAGCUGCCCCCUUAAAUACUAAAUAUUGAUCAAAACUAGCAGAACUAAGGGGUGCCCACUAUUCUCUUUCAUCUCUUAUGUCACAUGAAUAGGCAGCCUUUCUCCUUACCAAGUCCAACUCUUUUAUAUAGACAAAUUAUCCCAUUCCAUCUUGUCUUCUCCAGCAGAUUGCCCAUCUAUCAUCCCAGUCCUUACUUAUCUUUAGUCUCUUCCAGUAUACUCAAUGCUUUUCCUAUUGCCAACAAACAUGCCUGUGUCUCCCUCAUCCUCAAAAAAAAAAAAACAACCAUCAUUUGAUCCAUUCACCACUACUAUCAUAUCUUGCUAUAGCUAUAGCACAGCAUCUACUUCAUUUCUUCUCUCUCUUCUUAACUCUCUGAAGUCUGGCUUCCAACCUCAUCAUUCAGAUAAAACUGCUCUCUCCAAAGUUACCAGUGGUCUCUUAAUUGCUGACUUUAAUGGCCUUUUCUCUUUCUUCAAUCUUUCUUGGCCUCACUUUAGCCAUUGACACUAUCAAUCAUCUUCUUUUUAUGCUUUCUGAUAUCUAGGUUGUUUGACACUGCUCUCUCCUGGUUCUCUUCCUAUCUGUCCAACCACAACUUCUCAGUUUCUUUUACUAGAUCUUCCAGGCCAUUCCUCACUAAAUAUGAGUUUCUUCCCCAGGCUUAUUCUGAACCCUCUUCUCUUCUUCCUCAAUUUUACUUUGCUUAGUGUAAAUCUUGAAAUCUCUCAGACUUGUGAAUGUUAAAAAUUUUCCCAUCGGGGAAUUAUUAAUUGGAACAAAUUCCCUACUGAGAAACAUUCCCCAUUUUGAUGUGAGAAGUCGCCAGAAUCAGAAAUGGGAGGACCUCUAUUCCACCUGUACUUAAGACUGCUUUAGGGCAGAAAACUGCUUGCUAAACAAAGAAAGUACUUGGAUCCAUGCUUAUGGUGGGGCAAGGAGUUCUUUGAGCCAGACCUGUUUUUAGAAUUGAUACAAUGAGAUGCUAGGUACCUAAAAGGGUCGGGCAAGUUUUGUCUUAAUGAGAUUAGUUGACUCAGCUGUGUUUUCACUGGUUCAGACUUACUGAGGAGAUUUGUCGACUUAGCAGGAAUUCAGAUGGGCAGUCCUUUGGAAAGCGUCUACAGUGAUUGGUAGAUGUAGGGACUUAGGGGAGGUGACAUGGGAGAAAAACCCCUAUAUAAGAAAAAGCAAAAUCUCUUGAGGAUAUAUCCUUUUGGAGGAUCUCUGAUGAGGAUCGCUUCACAGCCUUGGUGUCAUUCAGCCCUGUCAUUUCUACCUUCUGAAAAGUUUUUCCUCUGAAAUUGUAAUCAUCCUAGUGCAAGGCCUUCUCACUUCACUACUAGAUCCCUGCAAGGGCACUACGGUUUUUCUACCUGCCUCAAGUCUUUACCCACUUUAUUCAUCUGUCACUUAGAUGUCAAAUUGAUCUUCCUAAAGCACAAGUCUUAACCUUUGUACCCCAAUCUAUUCAAUAAUUAACAGUCAUUCUCUGUUACUUCCAAGAUCAAAUAUAAAAUAGUUUAAUUUUUAAACCCCUUCAUAACCUGGUUCCUUUCUAGCUUGCUUCCUUAUACCUCAUUCCCUGCACCAUACUCUACAAUACAUUGACAAUGGCCUUCUUGCUCUUCCUGACACAAAACACUCAAUCUUUCAAUUUUGGGCAUUUUCAUUGGCCAGCUCCCAUUUCUGAAAUUCUCUUCCCCUUCAUCUCUAAUUCCUGGCUUUCUUUUUGUCUCAGGUAAAAUCUUGCCUUCUACAAGAAGCCUUUCCCAAUCGGCCUUGAUCUUAAUGCCUUCUCUCUGAGAUGAUCAUUAAUUUCACUUUUUAUAUUUUGUUUGUACAUGGUUAUUCUCAUGUUGUCUCCUCCAUUAGAGUGUAAUCUCCUUAAGAUCAAAGACUAGUUUUUUGCCUUUCUAGCACUUAGCACAGUCACUAGCACAUAAUAGGAGCUUAGUAAGUUCUUAUUGACUUGACCCCCUAUUUGUACUUUUAUAUCAGAGAGAGUACUACAGAUGACUUUCUUCCCCUCUUAUUCUUACACAUUGGCUGGUGUGUUUGUGUACACAUAUAUGCACAUAUGUACUUUGAAACUUAUAUAAAUGGGAUUUCUAAGAAAUUUUAGAAAACUUUUAAGAACCAUUUUGUCAACCACUAAAAUGCUAUUUUAAGGGCAGUCAAUGUGAAUUUAACUAGAAUCUGACCAUUAAGUUUAUUGUUUUGUUGGCCUACAAGAAUAUAAAAGGAGCCCAACAUUAGAAAUGCCAUGAUGAUGUGUUUGUCUUUGAUUCUAAACAUUUGUGCAGCAGUUUCUAGCUAUAAAAUUUCUACCCAUGUAUUAUUAUACAAAGAAUAUUAAAAUGUAUUAAAUAAAUUAAAAUUUACUAUUGAUUUUUAAUGUUUAGUUUUUGUUUUAGACUUCUGAAAGUCAAUCUUGACCAAAUCACAAGGCUUAUGUACAUUUGAAAAAUAAUGUGGUAGUAUAUUUAUCAAAUUUGAGUUAUAAUUUUUAUUACUGUUGGCAUGUGUAGCUAUAGUGCUGUUUUGAUAGUAAAGAUAUUCAUUUUAAGUUUUAAAACUAAACUUUAUAGUGCCACUUUUAAGGGAAAAGACUAGGCUUAUGAGAUCCAUACAUUCCAUACAGAUAAAAGAUAUUUUAAAAAUGAAAUUAUAUGCUUUGAUUUGAAGGGAAUUAACCACUAAGGACUGUUUUAAUUAUCAUCAUGGUAACAACAUUAAAUGUACUUAUAUAAAUUUACAUAUGAAGUUUUCUGAGAAAUUUUAUCACAUCUAAGAUAAUUACAUAGGAUUCAGGUAUUAUUAAAAUAUUUUUAAGUCAAGGUAGGCUAGUUUUGUAUAGGCAGAUAUUAAUUUCUAUGAAUUUCCAACAUCUUAAUAUUUUGCAUCCUAUUAUUUCUAUACUUCAAAGUGAAAGAAAAAAUUAACAAAUACUUGUAAUUCAAACAUGUUUUGCAAAUAAUACUUUUUUUAGUUUAUUUUCCCCUAAAUAUGUUAUGGAUUGUGAACUUUAAAAACUACUCUAACCUACUUAGACCUUACUUUAGGGGAAGAUAAAGUUUUAAUCUCCUGAUUGAACAAUGAAGGUACUUAGUUCUCAUCUUAUAGUGAAGUUAGAACUUUAAGAUAAGUCUAUUUUUAGAUCUAAUACAAAAAGAUGUUAAGUAACUAUAAAGGUUAAAUUAAUCACAAAAAGGUCAAGUAACUCACAAAAGGUGAACUUAACAAAGAAGUGUUAAGUAACUCUAAAGAUAUAAUCAAAUCAAAGAAGGUGAGAACUAAAAGUAUGGGCAGUCCUGGAGGAAAAGUCUUUAAUGGGACUGGUAGAUGUGAAAAUUUAGAGGAGGAGACACAAGGAUGAAAGGUCUAUAUAUUUGAGAUUUUUUGAGGACACUCUCUCUUUCUGUGAUUGGUGGUGGAAAGUUAGCUGAGAGCUGCAUGCUGAGCCUUUUGGCAUCCUAGCGUGGCUACAAGCUAUUGUCCAGUUCGGUGGUGAGUUUCUGGCUGAAUUUUCUCCUUUACUUUCCAACUUUUUCCUCUCAGAAGCCUCUAAUCUUCUUCAGAGACCUAGAGGUGAGAGUUUAAAACUCCCCCUGGCAUAGGCCAGGUAGGAGAAAUCCUAUAUCCUCUUCCCUCCUUCUCUUAAAAUUCCUUCCCUCUAUAUUAAUUAAAUUACCAUAAAUUUCCAGACUGACUUGGGAAUUUGAUUUGGCGACCAUUUAAAAAUCUAGAUUUAAAGUCACAACCCUAAAAUUAUCUGACAGUCUGCAAGAUAAAUGUAUUCAACUGAAAGUUAUUUUGGGGGGUCAACAUUUUUUGCUUUAUUCUCAUUAUUCAUGCUUAGAACAUAUAAAGACAUCCAAAUCAAAAUUUAAAUCUCAAUUUUAUAGUUAAUCAAGUUGCCCUUGAAUAUAGAGUGCAUUUAUACAACAAUCCCAAGAGGUAUUAUGAACAUUAUUUCCCCACUUUACAAUGAAGAAAUUGAGGUGAAGAUAUUGUCCAUGGUCACACAGCUAUUAAGUGUGAGAGCUGAUAUUUGAAACUAGACCUCUCGAUUCUAGGAUUAGCAAUCUUUCCAUUACAAUAUGCUACUACCAUGCAUGAAAGAUAUGCUAUAGGACUAAGUGUCUUUGGGUAAAUAGAAUACUUAUGCCAGUUGUAAAGUUUCCCAGUUGAUCUUCUUUACUGAACGGGGAUCUGGUGAAAGACUUUUAUAUUUUAAAGCAACCAUUUGUAUACCGGUUGACAAUUAUUGGUAAAUACCACUUUAAUAAAUUAUUUGAUUAAACUACUUGCCAGUGAUUACAGAUAUCAAAACAGGGAUAUAAAAGCUUGAACUAAAAGUCAUCUGACUUUUUACCAUGAAUUGAACAACUACAUUAUCCAAAAACUUUGCCUUCCCUAGUCACACAAGUUGUUGUUUGUUUGUUUUUUUUAAGGAAAAAAUUUCCUCUGAGAACUGCCUGUUCAUAUCCUUUGACCUCUUAUCAGUUGGGGAAUGCUUUGUAUUCUUAUAAAUUUAACUCAGGAAGGCAACUAGGUGGCUCAGUGAAUUGAAAGCCAGAUGUGAGGUUCUGAGUUCAAAUCAGACUUUAGACCAGGGGUUCCCAAACUUUUUACACAGGAGGCCAGUUCACUGUCCCUCAGACCAUUGGAGGGCCAGAUUAUUUAAAAAAAAAAACCUAUGAACAAAUCUGUAUAUUGCUGUCUGGGAUAGCGGAGGCUGCAGUGCUGGCUGUGAUGGGCCUGUCACACCUUGCACAGGCCCAUCACUGCCACCACUAUACUGGGUAGCAGUAUACACAGUGUGGAAUCCCCUCCCCCAGAUCCCUGCUUACCAUGCUGAUGUCUUCCAUUGUGCAGCCACAUAAUCCUUUGUGUGGCACCUCAUUCUUGCUCAGUUACUCUCAGAACAAGGUGCCACCCAAAGGAUUAUGUCACCGGAAGUAGUACUGUAUAUGAGCAACAUCACGCUUGGCAGCGCCACCACAUACAGUGAUCCUCUCACUGACCACCAAUGAAAGACCACCACUUCUGGAAGUGCAGUGGGGACUGGAUAAAUGGCCUCUGGGGGCCGCAUAUGGCCCGUGGGCUGUAGUUUGGGAACCCCUGCUUUAGACACUUCCUAGGUGUAUUGACUGUGGGCAAGUCAUUUAACCCCACUGCCUAGCCCUUACUGUUCUUCUGCCUUAGACAAUAUUGAUUCUCUGAUGGAAGGUAAAGGUUAUGAUAAAUAAACAUAUUCUCUAUAUAUUUGGAAAAUGAGGCCUUUGUCAGAGACACUUGCUAUAAGUUUUUCCCCCCCAGGUUUUUGUUUACCUUCUAAUCUUGGUUGCAUUGCUUUUGUCUGUACAAAAAAAAAAAAACCUUUUUAAUUUAAUAUAAUUGAAAUAAUCCAUUUUACUUCUCAUGUUUUCUAUAUCUUGUUUGGUCACAAAUUUUUCCUUUUUCCAUAGGUCUGACCGGUAAACUAUUCCAAGCUCUCUUAAUUUGUUUAUGGUAUUACACAUUAUCUUGAGAUCAUGUACUUAUUUUGUUUUAUUUGGCAUAUCUGGUGAUCUGGUGAUCUAUGCCCAGUUUCUGCCAUACUGUUUUCCUGUUUUCCCACAAGUUUUGUCAAAUAGUAAGUUCUUCCCCCAAAGCUUGGAUCUUAGACUUUCUUAAGCUCAAAACCCAAUGACCACUAUGGCCAUUUACUACUGUGUAUUUGUACCUAAUCUAUUCCAUUUUGAUCCACUAUUCUAUUUCUUAGCCAGUAUAAGAUUUAAGAUGUGGUAAGACUAGGCCUUCUUCCUUAAUUAUUUUGAUUAAUUAUCUUGAUAUUUUUAACCUUUUGUUUUCCAAAAUGAAUUGUUAUUAUUUUUCCAACUAUAGAAAAUUAUUUUUGGUUAGUUUGAUUGACAUAACACUGAAGUGGAAAUUAAUUUAGGCAGAAUUGUAUUUUUUAUUAUAUUGGCUUGGCCUAUCCAUGAACAAUAAAUAUUUUUUAAAUUCAUUAACUUUA